AUGGUCCGCUCGACCGGCGUACUCAACAUGACUCACGAUGAGCUUCGUCUCCAUCGCGACUCUGUCACGGUCGCGUGGUUGUUCGUGGGGCUGCAGCCCGUGUCCGGCGACGAUCACGGUGGCAUCAUCGGCGGACUCGAACACAUCGGCAUGGCGGGCAUCGACCCGUCGACCGUGCACGGGAAUGUCCCGGAAGUGCUGUUCGCAACCUUCCAC